AUGCACGUCUCGCUGCUGGCGCUUAGCUGCGCCGCUUCUCUGCCGCUGACGGCCCUCGCCCACGCGGGCCACCACGAUAACGCAGAGCCUGUUGAUAUUGAGGUUCUGGAGCAGAAAUGGGGCACCGAUUGGGGCUUCUCAGGCAUUUCAACCUUUGCCCACCUUCCGCACGUGAAGUGCCUGACGGAUCCGGAGGUGGACUUUGAUAUUGCCAUCAUUGGUGCUCCUUUUGAUACCGCAGUUAGCUACAGGCCCGGCGCCCGUUUCGGGCCACGAGCCAUCCGGGCAGGCUCCGCGCGGCAGACGUCGUUCCGCGGCUUCAACCCGCGGGCGGGCAUGAACCCGUACACUUCGUGGGCCAAGGUCAUCGACUGCGGCGACAUCCCGAUCACGCCGUUCGACAACGCGCUGGCGCUGCGACAGAUGAGCGAGGCCUUCGUCGAGCUGGGCAAGCGCUCGCCCUCGCCGGGCUCGGCAGGCUCGUCGUCGGCGUACCGGGCCAAGUCGAAGCUGCUGACGCUGGGCGGCGACCACAGCAUUGCGCUGCCGGCGCUGCGGGCGCUGCGCGCCAUCCACGGCCGCCCCAUCGCCGUCGUGCACUUUGACGCCCACCUCGACACCUGGCAUCCGGCCAAGUACCCCUCGGCCUGGAUCGACCCCACCGAUGCCUCCACCCAGUCCUUCUUCAACCACGGCUCCAUGUUCUGGUUCGCCUCGACCGAGGGCCUCGUCGCCAACGGGUCGAGCGUGCACGCCGGCCUGCGCACCCGCCUGUCCGGCGACGACGACGCCGACUGGGUCGACGACUCGGCCCAGGGCUGGCACCGCAUUGCGGCCGACGACAUCGACGACAUUGGUACCAAGGGCGUCAUCGACAACAUCUUGAAGAACGUCGGCACCGAGACCCCCGUCUACCUAUCCAUCGACAUCGACGUCAUUGAUCCCGGCAUGGCCCCGGCCACCGGCACCCCCGAGCCCGGCGGCUGGACCACCCGCGAGCUGAUCCGCAUCCUGCGUGGCAUCGAGUCCCUGAACGUUGUUGGUGCCGACAUUGUCGAGGUUAGCCCGGCUUACGACGGACCAGCCGAGAACACUGCCCUCGCCGCUGCCCAGGUUGGAUAUGAGAUCCUCACCAGCAUGGUGAAAAGGGGUCUGUUGGACCAGGGCAAGGUUGACCAAGGUGAGAAGGGUGACAAGAAGGACGAGUUGUGA